AUGCCUGGAUCCAAGACACCAACGUCGUUGGCCGCGACGUACAAGAUGCUCGACGGUCGCGAGAUACCCAUCUUUGGAUUAGGCGUCUACGAGAUGUCUGACGGCCAAACCCGCGCCGCCGUAGCAUGGGCCCUCGAAGCGGGAUACCGUCACAUCGACACGGCCGAAUGGUACGAGAACGAAGGUUCAGUCGGCGACGGACUGCGUGAUUUCCUCACCUCCCCUUCUGGCUCUAACGUAUCCCGGCAAGACAUCUUUAUCACCUCGAAACUCAUGCAUAAUCGCGGGUACAACGAGACACUGCAAGACUUGCGCGCGUCUCUGUCCCGCGCGGGGUUGGACUACUUUGACCUGUACCUCCUACACGCUCCUUCCGGGGGCAAGGAGGGACUGGUCAAGAGUAUUGGGGUUUCGAAUUUCUCGCCUAAGCACAUCGAGGAGAUUGUCGCGCGUGGCGAUGAGCUUCCGGUCGUUAAUCAGAUUGACCUGCAUCCCUUCAUGCGGCAUAAGGCGUAUGUUGACAAUUGCCAGAAACACGGUAUCAUCCUCGAGGCAUGGGCGCCGCUCGCGAGAGCUAUGCGAUUCCAGCAUCCUGUCAUCGAGACGGUUGCCGACAAGUACUCCAAGACGCCGGCGCAGGUCCACCUUCGCUGGGGGCUGCAGCACGGAUACAUUGUCAUUCCCAAGUCGGCUUCACGUAAACGCAUCAUUGAGAACGCGGACGUGUUCGACUUUGAGCUGUCCGCCGCGGACAUGGAGCAGCUUGAUGGGCUGGAUGAGAACCUCAUCACUGACUGGGACAUCACAACGGUGAGCCUCGUGACUGAGUUUGUUGACCUCAGCUUGAUUAGCAUGCCUUGA